AUGUACUCUAUCUCGUUCUACCCUUGGAAGAUGGAACCGCACUGUUAUUAUUCACACCCGGAGGCUGCAGCGAAAUGGGUCCCCGACACCGCAAGCUCUCGCUGUCAGAUUUGUCUAAUCUCAUUCACACUCACACGUCGACGACAUCACUGCCGGUUAUGCGGACACCUCGUGUGUGCGAACUGCUCGAACGACCGAACGUAUCUACCCUUUGCGGGCUCUGCUCCCAGUCAACAUGGACUCAUUAAGGACGGUGCACCACAACGUACAUGUCGUGCGUGUGCGAGUACACUACGCAACAUGGCAGGACAGGAUGACCCUCGUGUCAAGCGCUUCACGGUUGCUGUCUGCUCGGCACGUCGCCGGAAACCUACAGCUCCAAUCUCCGGUCGGUCGGUGGUGGAGGUGGAGGUAGAACGUCCGUCCCCGUGGCUCAAACGUACUGGCCUGGCACUCACGGACAGCGAGAUCGAGGACGAAGAAUUCUUUGUCGAGUCCACGAAAGGGCUGCAGCUUGAGCAGCGAUCUCGUGGCUCAACGCACCAUUAUCCUCUUCGUUUAUCGGUCACUAGAGCUGAAGAACUUGACGAGGUUUUGAGUGCGCGAACAUGCUCUCGAUUGAAAGCAACAGUGAAUCACGAGUCUCGUAGCAGGCGGUUUGUCAUCAGCUCGGCGUGGCUCGACCAGUGGCUGCAAUAUGUCCGUGUGGAUUCAGCUACUGACGCUGCAGGUUCGAGCCUACAGCUUCCGGGUCAACGUCAAUGCAAGAGAUACCGGAUGGAUAGACCUCCUCGACCUGGGCCUGUCGCCAACUACAUUUUACUCGACUUUGUUAAUGGCGAGUUGGUUUCGAAGCACAGUUUACAACGAAGCAGAGGCAGCCUCAGAGGAGGCGACUAUCACGUUGUCAGUCAGGAACAUCCAAGUACCUUCCAAUGA